CCAGGUUGGUCUCAAACUUGCCAUCCCCCUAGCUCAGCCUCCUCAGUGCCUGGGAUUACAGGUGUGUGCCCCGUGUCUGGCUAGGGUCUCUGUCUGGCUGCCACAUGAGGUAUUGCUGCUACAGGCUAAGCGUGAGGUGGCUGUUCUGGACGAAAUCCCCGGCCUGUGUGUAUAGGGGUGGAGCGCUUCCCUGAAGCAGACCCUGUGUUGGUGGAGCUCUCGGUUGAGCUAAGUCGCCAGGUAGAUAGUCCAGGCUGGUGGUGGCGAACCUACGACACCUGUGCGGCCGUGGGCUGGUUGUUAUCACUGCAGGCUCCAAAAGGGUCACCAGCUCUGGUCUAGGUUGACCCGUGCAUGUCACUCUGCCCCUUCUCAGGGCUGAGAGCUGCCCCCUCUAAAUAUAGCCCAGUGGGCUGAGCCCAGGCUUAUUUUAAGCCCAGGUUGGGAGGUCGCCAGGCCUUCCCAGCUCCCAGAGGAGCCACUGCGGCCUUGUUCACGCCUGCUCCUGGGCACCCUCAUCAGCCCCGACUGCACUUGCCAUGCCUGAGGAGAUCCGGGAAGACACUGCGGCAGCAACACAGAGCCAGAAAUCUACAGGGCCGCUGGCCCCCAGCCUCGUGCCUGAAGUGCGGCUACACCGCGUGGAGUCCAUCAGCGAGCUACACGGUGAAGGCUUGACACACCCGUAUCUGGCUGAAGAGGCACGGCCAUGGGACGAGCUGCUGGGUGUCUUGCCACCAUCGCUGUGUGCCCAGGCUGGCUGCAGUGCCGUGUGUGGCCGUGGCGGGUUCCUCCUGCUGCUGGUGCUGCUAGUGCUCACCUGCCUGGCACUCGCCAUCCUGGCGGUCUACCUGAGCGUGCUGCAGAGUGAAUCCUUGCGGGUCCUGGCACACACGCUGCGCACCCAGGAGGAGAUGCUGCUCAAGCUCCGACUGGCCAGCCUCAGCCAGCUGCGCAGAUUCAACUCCAGUGGCGCCCGGGCCCCUAGCUGACUCUACCUGACCUGGGGCACAGGGGGUGUGAGGGGAAUAAAGCAGCUGUCGGCAGACCUCCGCUCCCACUGCUGGUCUGCAUGACUUCCUUGUUGAGAUUUUUGUAGAAGAGACUGACGUGACUUCACGGUCACCUACCUCUCCUGAUCUCUUCAGGCCAGGCCUCGCCAAGCCUUCUGGUACUAGGUAAGCCCUUAUGGGCUGGCCCAAGGUCAAAGGAGGGAGCCCCAGCCUCCUGGCUCCUCCUGUGGCCUGUCAGCAUCCCCGGAGCACCCCCAGAUAGCAGAGUAACAAGUCUAGAAACAGCUGUCUCACCGCAGCCACCUACUCUGCCAGACCUCUCAGCAGGAGUUCAGCCUCACGUCUCAAAGACAGGCUGGGCUCUGAGCUGGGGAGGCCCUACCCCAGCCCAGGGCACACUGCCUUGGAGGGCAGAGGUGAGAUUCCAGCCUGUGUCCUGGAUGGAAGGGAAUGUGGGCAGAAACACCCAGGAGUCAGGACCACGGAGGCAGAACAUUAUACUCUAUUUAAUUAUCUCUUACAUCUUUAAAAAUCAACACAAAAGUCCUUUCCAGGUAGCUCUGCCUCCCCACUUGCCAUGGUGGCAUCUGUGUAGAUGCCAAUACCCCAAAGAACUGGGUCACUCCAAAGGAGCGCGGAAGGAAGGGACGGCCCCCUACUGCCUGCCCCACAGCCCUGAGACAGGUGUCCACUUGGGCCUGCCUGAAAUAGGGCAGGAAUAAGCCACAGGGCUGAGUGCAGGGAUAAAGGGCAGGGUCCCUCACGCCAUUCAGCCACCCUGUUUUUGGUUUUGUCUUUAAGAAAAAUAAAGUGACAAUCACUGGCAGAGA